AUGGCGACUAGCGCUUUCGAAACGUACUGGAAGGCUCUGACUGACAACUUCACAGACUUCCAGCUGGCGACCAUCGGAAGCUUCCUGAUUCAUGAGUGCGUCUUUUUCAUGUCCGGACUUCCUUAUCUGAUCCUCGAGAAUCUAAAUGUUCGAAAAUUCAAGCUCCAGAAAAAGUCGAACCCGGCAUCAUCACAGAUCAAAUGCGUGUUGAAGCUGCUGAUGUACCACUGCCUGGUCAACCUACCGCUGAUCAUGGCGUCCUACCCGGUCUUCAAGUACAUGGGCUUCAGAAGCACGCUUCCCCUCCCGCACUGGAGUACCAUCGUUACCCAGAUCGUGAGCUAUUUCUUUAUCGAGGAUUUCGUGUUUUAUUGGGGUCACCGUGCGCUGCACUCGAAAUGGCUGUACCAGAACGUCCAUUGCGUCCACCAUGAAUACGCGACGCCGUUCGGUUUGACAUCCGAGUACGCGCAUCCCGCGGAAAUCCUCUUCCUAGGGUUCGCCACCAUUCUCGGCCCGGCCCUCACGGGCCCGCAUCUGCUCACCCUCUGGCUCUGGAUGAGCCUUCGAGUUCUCGAAACCGUUGAAGCACACAGCGGAUUCGAAUUCCCCUGGAGUCCGUCCCGCUUCAUUCCCCUCUACGGCGGGGCGGAGUACCACGACUAUCAUCACCGCUGCGUGUACACAGACUCGGGCAACUAUUCGUCCACGUUCAUCUACAUGGACUGGAUUUUUGGAACUGACAGGAACUACAGGAGAAUGAAGGCUCUGAAAGCAGGCAGUGUCAAGGACGACGCCCCUACUACCAAUGAUCACAUUAGCGCAUCUCGAGGACCGGCCUCCGCCCCUCCCCCCUCCGUCACCGUCACCCGUUACCACGUCAGCAGACCCCCUCGUGCACCAUCUCCUGUUCCUCCUUCUCCUCCUUCCCUUCCAUCCUCUCACUCCCCUGCCUCCUCGCCUCUUGCAUCCCCCUCCUUUCCCCCUUCCACCUUCCCCCCCAACCCCCAUCCCCCGCCUCACACUUCCCCCCUUCCACCAUCCCCCCCCCCCUUCCCACCCCCCCCCCCGCCCGCAGCAGCGGUGCCAGCAGCCACUGGCGCAUCCGCAGGCGCGGGGACUGCAGGGGGGAGCAAUGGGGCGGUGGGGGGAGCAGGCGGAGGGGGAGGGGCUGGGGAUAAGGAGAAGGCGGGGGGCGAGGGCGAGGGGUCGUACGUGAUCUUUAACGUUGGCGAGUCACUCUUUGUGGCGGACGCCAACAGUACGGACAAGGUGGGGAGGGGAUGGGGAAUGGGGAAGGGUGCGAGCCACAAGGAGCCCCUGAAGGCCCUGCAGUUCAUGGGAGCGAGCGGGCUGUGCCACGCGUUUGACGGUGCAGUGGCGGGCAGAGAGGCACAGAGCACGGCGGGCAGGGACGCACAUGACCUGCUCAUUGCCACCACCGCAGGCGACAUCUACACAGCAUCACUGCGAGCACAGCUAGCAGACGGCAGCAAGAAGCUGGUGGGGGCGGCACACUAUAGCCCGCGGGACGGCACUGCCAGCAGCAGUGGCAGCGGGGGCAGCAGCAGCGGGGGGGGCAAGGAGGGCAGCGGCGGCAGCAACAGCCGCUGCACAGCGGUGGCGUGGGUGCCGGGCGGCGAUGGGCUGUUUGUGACUGCGCAUGCGGAUGGGAACGUGUAUGUCUUUGACAAGGUGGGGCGCACCUCCUCUCUGUGUGUCCACCGUGACGGCAGCACGGAGCCGGGGUUUGCUCCCAUCAAGGACGUGCAUGCCUUUUCCACCGCUCAUGCGCGCUCCAACAAGAGCAACCCGAGUGCGCGGUGGCACAUCUCCCCAUCGGCCAUCAACGCCCUCGCCUUCUCCCCCUCGGGCUCGCACAUGGCCACUGUCUCCCGCGAUGGCUACCUACGAGUGUUUGAGUGGGAGCGGGAGGCUCUGGAGGGCGGGUGCAAGAGCUACUACGGGGCGUUCCUCUGCUGCGCCUUCAGCUCUGACGGCCGCCUCGUGGCCGCAGGGGGGGAGGACGACCUGGUGGCCGUUUGGGACCGCCACUCGCAGUCCGUGCUGGCCUGGUGCGAGGGCCACUGCUCGUGGGUCACAGCAGUGGCGUUCGACCCCUUCCUCUCCUCCACGCCUCCCCCACCCUCCACCAUCGCCUCUCCUUCCGCCACCACCACUGCUGCAGCCGCCGCCACUCUCCCCUCCUCCUCGCCCAUCCCCAUGAGCAGCGCCAGCACCGGCAGUGGAGCAGGUGUGGUGGGGGCAGCAGUGGCGCCGGGUGGUGCAGAGGGCAGCUACAGAGUGGGAUCCGUGGGACAGGAUACGCAGCUGUUGCUGUUGGACGUGGCGCUAGACCACGCAGUGUGCCCCUUGCACCUGCCGCUGUGCCGCUGUGAUUACUGCCUUCGCACUCCCUCACCCCUCUUCCUGCACUCACUCCCCCUCCCGACCCACCCUACCAGGACACGCAGCUGUUGCUUUACUGCCUUUGCACUCACUCACCCCUCCUCCUGCACUCACUCACCCACCCCCGUCCGCUCCCCAAUUGUUGGCCCACCCUACCAGGACACGCAGCUGCUGCUGUGGGACGUGGCUCUAGAUGACGUGGUGCUGCCCUUGCGCCUCCAUGCGGGCCAUUCACACCACCAAUCAGCUGCUGCCACGUCAGCAUCGCACCCUCAUGACGUGGCAUCGACCAGCACCCCCCCGCCCACCCACCCGCACUCCCGCUCGCACUUCUCCCACUUCCAUUCUCACGCACCCGGCCACGCCUCUCCAAACCGAACACAUGGUGCCACGUCAGCGUCACCAUCCACGUCAGCAGCAGGAACUGCCACGUCAGCGUCAUCAUUAGGUCUGGGCAGAUCCGGCGGUGCCCGGAGCUCCAGUGGGGCGGGGAGUGGUGCCGGUGGGGGCAGCAGCAGCAGCAAUGCAGGCGGGGGUGGCAGCGGUGGCAGCAGCGGCGGGGCUUUAAGAGACGCACCGGGAUCGAAUGCAUCUCAUGGAGCAGCAGCAGCAGUGCUGGUGCCUCCUCCUUCCCGCAAAGACGUUCCGAGAAUAUCCCCAGUGAUGGCACACAAGGUGCACGUGGAGCCACUAUCAGCACUCGCCUUCUCACAGCAAGCAGUGCUCACGGCGUGUCACGAGGGCUGUGUCAAGCUCUGGCUGCGACCAGGCGCCACCCCCCCUCCCGGCAGCAUUGCCGCCUCCUCCACUGUAGCCGUGCCCGCAGCGUUCGCUUCGCCUCUCCGGGGAGACCCCCAGUCAGCCUCUCCUGCCCUCGCCCUGUCUGACCGAGGGCUUACCAGCAACCGCACGGGCACAGCAGAAGCUGCUGCUGGUGCUGCUGGUGGUGGUGGCAGCAUGAGUGCUGCUGCUGCAGCGACAGCGGUAGCAGCGGGGGCGGGUGCCAGAAGUGCUGUUUCCGGGCAACGAGGAUUCAGAUGA